UAUUAUACGAAACGGAGUCGCCGCAGUUUGAACUUUUUUUUGUUUGGAAAAGCCCGUGUUCCGAUUGUAUUGUUUGCAGUAAAAUGGAAGAAGCUUCAUCGGAUGCGCCCAGCGAAGCUGCGGCACUAGUGAAUUCCCAAAGUGGGGUAACGCAACCGGCAAUUUUGGAUCUGGAUCAAGACGACGAACAGGAAGCUAUUUUGGAGAAGCUAAGGGGUGAUCGAAUCGGCGAGACCAUGUACAGCGAGAGGUUUGUGUUGACCACCAUUCUGAAGUUACCGCAGCUGGAGACGGGUCUGGCCGAGAACGAGGAUUUCGAGAAGGAUCUUUGCAGUUUGUGGGAUAUGACCAUCGAGAAGGAUGUGGUGCUGUACUUGUUGAAGCACGAUGUCGUUGAGCUUUUUGUCGGGCUAGCCGAAGCUAGUCAGGAUGUGCGGUUGGUUGAGAUACUGUUUGGUAUUAUCGGAAAUAUGUGCUGCGUUGACGAGACGCAUCGGUUUUUGUAUGAGAAUCCAUCACUGUUUCUGAGUUUGUGCACAUUUUUGGAGUCUAGCGAUACGCUGAUUUUGGUGCAGUUGAUGAGAAUCUAUACCACAUUGUUCGAUAAGUCCGAUGAUGACCAGUAUUGCUGGUUCAAACUGGUCCGGGAGGUUGAGGACCUGACGGAAAAAAUAGCUUUCAUACUGAGUAGUACAAUGAGUAAAGAGUUGAUAGAGCACACACUUGAAACCGUUCACGCGAUGGUUAAUCGGUUUACGGAAGCGGAAGUAGAUUAUUCUCAAUUGAACGAGUUCUACAAAAUGUUUGCCAAGCCAUGUCUCGUUGAAGGUUUGAUGGAGGGUUUUAAGCAAAUUUAUCCAGAGGCGGCAUCCGAAAAUCAGUUCGAAGAAGAGUGCUUAGUCGGUAAAGAUCUGAAAAUUGUUCAGAAUUUUUUGGAAAUUCAUGAAAAUCUCAUCAUUAACGCUAACGAGGUUUACGAGAAUCAAGUUGAUAAUAUUGUCUACUGCAUUUACCGGGUGUUGCUUCCAUUGAGCAGCGAAAAUUCUCUACUUCCACUAUCAAAAACGCACGUGAGGAUAUUCGUGUGCAUCAACAGUAUCUACAGUGCGAUAGUCUAUCAUUUUCACGCGGGAACGUUCCUGGCAUUGGUAAAGAUUUACACUAUCUUAUCGAAGGAGCAGAAAACGACUCAAACCUCCUCCGACGAGAAGCAACCGAUGGACGAUGACAGUGAGGAGAGUGACUGUGAAUUCGAUAUUCAAACCGCCCUGGGUGAGAUCCUGGAGACGAUGUACUUCAUGGCGGAACCGAUCGAUGGAUUGACAAUUGCUAAUGCUUUGAGGGCGAGUCCAUUUAACGUGGAAACAAUUCAAAGAAUCUGCACAGCAUUCAAAGAUACGAUGGCCGGAGAUCCACUGUUGGGUAGAACUUGUGAUUUGCUGCUGGAAAGUGCCCGCACCGUUUGGAGUUCGGAGGAACGAUCGUCUUAGACUAGAAAGUAUUAAUAAAAUUAAUAA